ACGGCUGCCUACUUUGCUAUUGCAACACAGCUGGUCCUCCAUCCCUGUCUGCCUCGUCUGCCUCUGACAUCCCGGCUGCAGGAGUCUUUUGUGUCUCCACGGGGGCCAUUGUUGUUUCUCCCCAUUUUGGAGUAUAAGCAACACCAUGGAGAUGAUGGGCAACAAAGAGCGACGAGGCGUGAAUUUCAAAGGCUUGCUGAAGAGGAAUUGGCUUCUGAUUGCCACGAUUUUAUCAGUGCUGCUCGGGAUCAGUUUGGGUGUUGUGGUCAGAGAGUAUGCGUCCCUCUCCCAUCUCCACAAGCAGUAUUUUGGCUUCCCAGGAGAGGUCCUAAUGCGAAUGCUGAAGCUGGUCAUCCUUCCUCUCAUCAUUUCAAGCAUGAUAACAGGUGUUGCAGCCUUGGACUCCGAGGUAUCAGGAAAGAUAGGCCUGCGAGCUGUUAUUUAUUACUUCUCGACAACCAUCAUUGCAGUUAUUCUCGGAAUUAUUUUGGUGAUGACUAUCAAACCAGGAGUCUCUCAGACAGCUGAACACAUUAACAGAGCAGGGACGACGCCCAACGUCACAACAGUUGACACACUCUUGGACCUCCUCAGAAACAUGUUUCCAGAAAAUCUGGUGCAGGCUUGUUUUCAGCAGUACAAGACUAAGCGCAAAGAGCUGGAGCCUCCAUUGGUUUUGGCUGACACCACCACAGGUCCACCUCUCACAACUACUAUCAUGGCAGCAGUAGAGAACAUCACUAAGAACUAUAAAAUCAUUGGGACAUAUUCGGAUGGAAUCAACGUUUUGGGGCUUAUCGUGUUCUGUGUUGCUUUUGGCCUUGUCAUUGGGAAGAUGGGUGAAAAGGGACGCAUCCUCCUGGAAUUUUUCGAUGCCCUGAAUGAAGCCACCAUGAAACUGGUCCAGAUAAUUAUGUGCUACAUGCCAAUAGGGAUCCUGUUCCUAAUUGCUGCUAAGAUCAUCGAGGUGGAAGACUGGGAGAUCUUCAAGAAGAUGGGUCUUUACAUGGUGACGGUACUGAGUGGUCUAGCUAUCCAUGCCACCAUCUGCCUGCCACUAAUCUUCUUCCUCAUUGUGAGGAAGAACCCAUAUACAUUCACACUGGGAAUGGCUCAGGCCCUGGUGACAGCACUCAUGAUCUCCUCAAGCUCCGCUACUCUACCCGUCACCUUCCGAUGCGCCGAGGAGAACAAUCGCAUCGACAAGCGAAUCACCCGCUUCGUCCUCCCAGUGGGUGCCACCAUUAACAUGGAUGGCACAGCGCUCUAUGAGGCCGUAGCCGCCAUCUUCAUCGCACAGCUGAAUGACUACACCCUGGAUGUGGGCCAGAUUGUUACCAUCAGUAUAACAGCAACGGUUGCCAGUAUUGGAGCAGCAGGAGUCCCUAACGCUGGCCUUGUCACCAUGGUGAUAGUCUUAACAGCUAUAGGAUUGCCUGCAAGUGAUGUCACUCUGAUAGUGGCUGUGGAUUGGCUCCUGGAUCGGUUCCGUACUAUGAUCAACGUGCUGGGUGAUGCUUACGGAGCUGGUAUCGUUCAGAAACUAUCCAAGAGGGAACUGGAGAGGAUGGAUCUGACAUCAGACGUGGACGUCGCCAACCCCUUCGCUCUGGAAGCUACUUUGGAUGACGAAGAGUGCGAAAAGAAAUCCUACGUGAACGGAGGCUUCACCGUCGACAAGACAGAUGCAAUCUCCUUCACCGAAACCUCCCAGUUUUAGCCUCUGGCUGGCUCAGAGUUGCAGAGAAAGUGCCAUGUUGCUAGGGAUGUAAAGCAGAAAACCUUCCAUCAUGUAUCAGCACCAUGCUAAGAGAGGAAAACUAUCCAACCAGACCCAUCCAAGCUCAGACAUCAGCAAUAGCGGCCUCCAUCAAGGUUAUCCAAGAUGGUCACCCUUCACGUCGGACAUUUACAACCACGACUAGAUUAAAGUGCUUCCCUCUUACUCAAAUUGUGCCAAGAUUAAGAAAAGUCAGUCUUCUUUUGAUUAAGAGUGUGUUCUUUCUUGCAAAGAUGCACUCGAAAGAAGAGCUUUGUGUUUGUGUGUGUGUGUGUGUGUGUGUGUGUGUGUGUGUGUGCGUGCGUGCGUGCGUGCAUGAGGAUAUUCUUUUUGGACGCAUCUGAGCUGUGUGUAUGUACUUUGCAAAAAAAGGAAAAUAGAAAUGUAGUCCUAUGUGCUUUAUUUGCUCCUUGAUUAGAUAUGAUUUCUCUAAAAAUGCCUGAAUGAUCUUUUUUGUGUGGCUGUUGUUAAAUGUCUAUGUCCCAUGAUGCACUGCUUGUAUAUCUAUCUGUAUAUUGAAACUGUGCCAAACAUAUAAAGAGUUUUUUCACCGAGUUGCAUGAGGCAAUAUGUUAAAGAAAUGGUGAUCGCUGGCUGCAGACUGAAUUUUUUUAUGGAGAUUUCCCAGAGACUGGCGAUGGUCAACAAAGGCUUAUGAAGUCAAUGAACACUGUGAAACUUGAGGAGAUUUUUUCAGAACCAAAUCACUAA